UUUUACGAGAUGUUCAUGAAGGGUCUGGAAUAUAUACAGUUGCGAGAUUGGCGAUGAAAGCAAAAGCGAUGCGCGGUAGAAAUGAUGAGGGGGGAGUCUAGAUUACAUAGGGUAUAAAGUACUCAAACGCGUGUCUUGACAUAACUCCAAGCACCCGCGAGACCUGCGAUCACAGUCCCGGCAGCCAAUGCAGGCUUCACCCCGGCUGUGGAUUUGUAGAGUAUACCUGUCAUAGCACCAGCCGACAUACUGCCCAAUGCGUCGUGCUUUCCCCGUACGGAGUCAAUGGUCGAAUUUAUACCGUUGUAUGCCAAAGCUAACACGCCGGCGGAAUUGCCCAAGAAUGUGCCUCGCCGUGUAAUGGCGUUCAGAAUACUAUUGAUUCGCAGCCUAGAAUUGGCAACAGCCAGUGGACGUCGAGCGCCCUCGCGAAAGCCCCAUGCACCACCAAGAGCAAGGCCGCCGAGAUACAUAGUCCCUGUGCCGUAGCACAAAUCAUCGCUCCAGCCUCUAGAUGGAAUUGCUGUUCCUGAGCCGGGCAAGUCGUUCGUUUUGUCGUCAUCCAAUAAAAGGUAAUCGAGCUUGUCUCCAAGCCCUGCCAUGGGAUGUAGCUUCGCAGGGUCAUAGGCACCCAGGAGCACAUCUGACGCGGUGACAUUUUCGGGAAGAGGUGCAGCAGAGCCGUCUGCACGCGAGAACUGAGCUGUUCGGAGAACGUCAGCGGGGUCUUGGGACGUUGAGGAUGAUGCCUGAGACGACAUUGCCGGUCUAUGCAGGAAUUAGGAUGGACAAGACGGUGAAAGGGCAGCAGAAAGGAUUAUUCGUCGCCGUUGCGGACGACGUCGGGCCUCGGAAACGAUGACGGAGCAAAGGCAAAAUUUUGAAGCGGCGCGACAAUUCGAGGAUUACACGCCGGAGUCCCGGGCUGCACGCCUCACGGCAAUCUGUGACGCGACGCCAGUGGGCGACGUCGCCAGUCUACACCAGAACAAUUAGCUUUACGAACAUGUCCUUCGCCCCUCGCCCCCUCACCCGCCUCUUUGCGGCAUCCACCAGAUCUAUAUCACAGCGUGCCCCAUCUUCUCAAGCUACCCGCAUUAAAUUUUCCGUUGGUACAAAUCCUUUCAGCCCACGACUUCUCCUGCCAUCAUCCUCGUCCAACUUCCCGGGGCAGGCAACUUUCUCUCAGAAACGUUGGGCGACGUCGUCGACGCCACAAACCACUUCCGACCCUGCUGAAGUCGAAGCCGCUCAGUGCCUAGAAGAAGGCACCCAGAAACUCGAGGAAGGCGACGUCAACAGCGCUAAAGUGUACUACAGACGUAGUGUGGAAAUUAAACGGACAGCAAGUGCUCUUUUCAAUCUGGGAGUCACCCAUUAUCACCUCAAGGAAUUUGACGAGGCUAUCUCCGCAUGGAAGGAGUCAAUAGACCUCCAGCCUUCGAGUGCUGAUGCUCACACAAAUCUUGCCUCUGCAUACAUCAUAUCUCCAAUUGCUCGUCCAGAUCUAGCUCUCCAGCAUCUGAAAAUCGCGUCCUCUCUGGCGCCAGAUGAUCCCGAGAUUGCCUUCAACCUGGCAGCCGUCCUCGAAGCUUGCGGCAGACUAGAAGAAGCUUUAGAACACUACCGCAGAAGCAAGGACUACGGCGUAGAUCGUGCUGCCAUGCACAUAAGGAAUGUCAGCGCGAAGAUACUUGGUCAAAAGCUAAAAGCGGAAGAGGAAGCCGCGAAAAAAUCGGGCUCCUCCUGAGCCAGGGGUUAUCUAUGUCGCUUAUGGCGUCCACCAGCCACGCUAUUGUCUUUCCACCGCUCGCUUUAAUUCAUUGACCAACAUCAUAACUAUACAUAUUGGUCCAUUUAAACACCGUCUCUGGGCGCCUCUCGUACGAAGACGAAGCCCACUUUGCUUCUCAACGUCUUCUACACAGGAUGUCCCAAUCAUCGUUUGCUGCGAAGUUUUUAGUAGCACAGCGGACGAAAGAGAUCUUCGCAGCCUCUCACUCCACGGAGAAGGGAUCAGUUGCGGAACCAUCUCCUUUCAUGCCUGAGCCCUCCAGGACUGACGGGGUAGUUGCAUCACCUUGGUCGGUGACAUGCACUGAGCUGCCACUGCGAUCGUAACGGUGACUUCCGAAGUGGCCUCUGCCUCUCGUAUCUGGGAAGCCCGCGUGAACAGCUGCAUCGUUCGCCGGGUCAUUGCCGCCUGGACUCAAAAUAUCACCCCCUUGACUGUCUCGUCCAAAUGAUCUCUGCUCUGGGGAAGAGCUUCUUUGCGAAUCCGACCUCCAAGAUGACGAGCCGUCCUGGGUUGCACGGCCAUACUGCCCUCGGCCUCUCUGGAAUCCCGAUGAGAAUCCGCGACGCCCAUUGUAACGCCCCCUGUCGCCACUGUAUCCUCGACCUCUACCUCCCCUUCCCGGAAAAAAUUGCGUGAGGGGGGCUUGGCUGAGAGCCGCCGUGGUGUCUAUUGGUGGCGAAUUGCGGACACGCUCGAGAAUCGCUAAUAUGUCUUCAUGCGUAUAAUUGGCCGAUGGAUGAUCGGUUGGGGUCAGCCGUAGCAGUCGCUCGUGUCCUUCGUGAGGCAUGGGUGGGCGAAAUUGUGACGAGAAGCGUUUUAACACUUGGAUUCCAGUCUCCGCAUCUUUGAUCGUAGGAUGAUUUAACCGGGCUUGAAUUCUGGCAACACAGAUAUUAUAGGGUGUGUCGAACCAGAGAACCCAUAUGGGGACGCUGUUUCCCGGCGCUUGUCGCGCAAUCGAAAUCCAGUGCGCUCGUUGUGAAGCAUCAAAAUUUGUUCGAUCGAUGCAGAUGGACAUCCCGUCUCGCAAGGACGAGCGUGCAAGCUGUUCGACGGCUCGACGAUCGCCUAAC